AUGUCUCACAGAAAUUUCCUUAGCGUUCUUACAAACGUUUUAUUCUUUUUCCUGUAUUCCUCUUUUUUCUUUCCCUUAAUUGUUGCUUCUCGUGUAUUCUUUUUAUUAUUCUUCUUUUCCUUCUCCUCCUCCUUCUCCUCGUCCUCUUUCUUCUUCUAUUUCUCCUCCUCCUCUUUCUUCUUCUUCUCUCUCCCCUUCUUCUUUUCUCCUUCUUUUCGUUCUUCUUCUUCUUCUUUCCCUCCUCCUCCUCCUCUUUUUACUUCUCCUUCUUCUUUUUCCACUUCUUUUUCCACUUCUUUUUCUCCUUCUUUUCCUUGUUCUUCUCCUCCUCCUCUUUCUUCUUCUUCUUUCUCUUCUCCUUUUUCUCCUUCUUUUCCUUGUUCUUCUUCUUCUCUUUCUUCUUUCCCUCCUCUUUCUCCUUCUCCUCCUCUUUUUACUUCUUCUUCUACUUCUCUUUCUUUUUCCACUUCUUCUUCUUUUUCUCCUUCUUUUCCUUGUUCUUCUCCUCCUCCUUCUUCUCAUCUACCUUUUCUCCUUUUUCUCCUUCUUUUCCUUGUUCUUCUCCUCCUUUUUCCUCUUCUUCUCCUUGUUCUUCUCGAUAGUUUUAACCUCAUUUUCCUCACCGUUCUUCUCACUCGUUUUUCGAAGUCACCUUCAUUUUCUUCUUACCAUUCUUUCAUUCCUGUUUUAUCUUCGCAUCUCCCCCAGCGCCAUUUUCCGUGCUAG